AAACGAAGGCGACAUAGAAGGUGUCGACGAUGAUAGUGAUUCCGAAUGGGAUAAGGAUAGCUUCGAUGGUCUGGAAUAUCAUUCAUGUGAUGAUCAGAAGGAGUAUAUCGACAAAUAUUUUGAGAAGAGGGCCCGUUUUUACAAGCGCACGGUCAUCGAAACCAAAGGUUUUUUUGAGGCAACUAACGAAUUCCCACCUUACCUUUUGGCUGGAAUUGCUACAGUCCCUGGACGAUGACCUUGAGGAAGGUUUGACCGUUCGUCAGUUUUUAGCAAACAUGACAUCUCUGUGUCUUGACAAAUAUAACAAACGAAAGGGAUUCAAUGUGAAGUUGGAGCAUGUUUUGAGGGCUAAUUUCAACCCAGGGGGCAGGACAACAUACUACAUCACAUUUGCUGCUAGAGAGUCUGAUUCUCCUGAUGCACCUCUAGUGGAAUAUCAAGUUAAGGUGGAUUGGUCUGCGGGCAAUACUUAUCCCAUCCUUUGCAGACCCACUUCUCCACCAAAACUGGUUGAAGGUAGCCGAGGAGAUCUGAUGCGGUCAUCAACCCAAGAACCAACCAUGGAGAAGAUUAUGGGCGAGAAACAACAACCCAGGAGCAGCCAAGUGGGAAUUUUAACCAAGUUUUAUCCAAAACUUCAGGACAAAGCCAAUUCAGCCUACCCGAGAAGACCCCUCAGCAUUUUUCAGUCCAGACGAAGGCCAAGAUCAAUUCCUCCUGCCCAGAGAUCACUUGGAAUACAUUCUCAGCUCAACUACCGACAACCACGAAGAAGAAUCAGCCCAAACGGAGUUCACACGAAGGAGUUAUUCAAUUUUCAAACGGGAUGAUCCCCAACGAACUCGGUUUGGACCUACGUGCAGUUAUUGGAGGAUUCCGACCAAACCAGAAGGCGUUAAGAUACAAAGUGAAUUUUCGUACACUCUUGACUCAUCAGAGGAGCUUUUUGAAUUGGAGUCAAGUCAAUACCGAUUUUGGUUUAGAAGAUAUUAAUUUUCUAAACCAGAUGAUGCUCAGCUUGCCUUAUUUGGAAGCUGACGGGUUUAAUUACUUGCAAACCAAACUUUGGCGUCCAGGAGAGUUUCUAUUACAACUAGAGACUCCUAAGAUCACCUCAAGCUUCAUUCUCAGCCCUUGGAUCAAGUGGAUUCAAUCUUUCCUAAUCAUACACCAAGAGUUACCAUAUCUUCUGAUUUGGUGCGAAUUAAGGGAGUUAUUAGAAGAUUAAUAAGCCAUGGAAUCAUCCAGAAGCUGUCAAGAUACAAGAUCCCACGAAUUACUCCUUUUGGCCUAAGCAUUCAAAGCCUAACGGCUAAUAUUCUUUCAAGGCACAUCUCCACUUGAUUUCUUUGAUUUAUUUCGUGUAUUGCUUUCCUAUUUUGAGUCAUGAGACUGUUGUACCAAUCCUAGAGUCGAGCCUAUAUAAGCUCAAGUCAUUUCUUUGUAAAAACCACCCUUGAUCAAUUUUAAAGUAAUAAGAAACAUUUUCUUCUUGUCAAAGUUCGAGUCUUUGUCGUUUAUUCAUUAGUCUUAAGUGAGUGAGUCUCUUAGGCCUAUUUGAAUCUGCGGAUUAAGUUUGUUGAUAAGUUCAACAUCCUUCUUUCGUUCAUUGAUCGAGUGAGUC